CGGAGGGAGGGGGCGGCCCGGCCCGGCCCAGCUCUGCCCCCGGCCGGCCCGACCCCGGCCCCGGCCCCCGGACCAGCCCUUAUCUGAUCCCAGCUCCGGGUUUAAGAGUCCCGGCCCUGCCCGUCGCACAGCUCCGUUCCUCACGCCUGCCCGCCUCGUCCGUCCGUCUGUCCCGCUGCCCAACCGAGGGGCCGCUCCACCCCAGGUCCAAGAUGACAUCGGUUGCCAAGGUGUAUUACAGCCAGACCACUCAGACAGAAAGCCGGCCCCUAAUGGGCCCAGGGAUACGACGGAGGAGGGUCCUGACAAAAGACGGUCGCAGCAACGUGAGAAUGGAGCACAUUGCUGACAAGCGCUUCCUCUACCUCAAGGACCUGUGGACAACCUUCAUUGACAUGCAGUGGCGGUACAAGCUUCUGCUCUUCUCUGCAACCUUUGCAGGCACCUGGUUCCUCUUCGGCGUUGUGUGGUAUCUGGUAGCUGUGGCCCAUGGGGACCUGCUGGAGCUGGACCCCCCGGCCAACCAUACGCCCUGUGUGGUACAGGUGCACACGCUCACGGGGGCCUUCCUCUUCUCCCUUGAAUCCCAGACCACCAUUGGCUACGGCUUCCGCUACAUCAGCGAGGAGUGCCCCUUGGCCAUCGUGCUUCUUAUUGCCCAGCUGGUGCUCACCACCAUCCUGGAAAUCUUCAUCACGGGUACCUUCCUGGCAAAGAUUGCCCGGCCCAAGAAGAGAGCGGAGACCAUCCGUUUCAGCCAGCACGCGGUCGUGGCUGCCCACAACGGGAAGCCCUGCCUUAUGAUCCGGGUUGCCAACAUGCGUAAGAGCCUCCUCAUUGGCUGCCAGGUGACAGGCAAAUUGCUUCAGACCCACCAGACCAAGGAGGGUGAGAACAUCCGGCUCAACCAGGUCAAUGUGACCUUCCAAGUGGACACGGCCUCUGACAGCCCCUUCCUCAUUCUGCCCCUUACCUUCUACCACGUGGUAGAUGAGACCAGUCCCUUGAAAGACCUCCCCCUGCGCAGUGGUGAAGGUGACUUUGAGCUGGUGCUGAUCCUUAGUGGGACAGUGGAAUCCACCAGCGCCACCUGCCAGGUGCGCACUUCCUACCUGCCAGAGGAGAUCCUUUGGGGCUACGAGUUCACACCUGCCAUCUCUUUGUCAGCCAGUGGCAAGUACAUAGCAGACUUCAGCCUUUUUGACCAGGUGGUGAAAGUGGCUUCUCCUAGUGGCCUCCGUGACAGCACUGUCCGCUACGGAGACCCCGAAAAGCUCAAGUUGGAGGAGUCGUUAAGGGAGCAAGCUGAGAAGGAGGGCGGCGCCCUCAGUGUGCGCAUCAGUAACGUCUGAUGGCUUGGUUUCCCGCCUCCCCAUCCCGCCAGUCUCUCUUCCUCCCUGGGCACCUGGGUGCGAGGUAUUACCCAGGCUUACUGGAAAGCCCCAGAAGCACCCAUUCUCCACUCCCUCUUCUUUAACCCAUGGCCUGUGGGUAGUGGAGGCCAACUGGAGUCUCAAUUUUCCUCCCAUGGUUCCCUUCACCUCACCCCAAGUCCACCCCAAAGAACACACCCCCCUUAAGCCAGGAUGGGGGAAGGAGAGGGAAGAUUAGGCUGAAGUGGCUUAGAAGGCCUCAGCCAUGCUUGGAGAUUCACAUUAGGAGGACCACGCAGCUGGAAGGACAGACUCCCCCCUACCUCCCACCACCACCAGAAAGUUCAGUGCCUUGAGGCUGGAGCCCCUCCCUCUCUAUCUUUCCACUUAGCAAGGGCCCUGAGGCAAGACUCUCUCUCUGAUGGCCCCUUUAGGGUCUGUGCCCUCAGAAAUAUAGGAAUCUGGAAUCAAUUUAUCCCGGAGUCUCUACCAAGCCCUGUUGAAAGAAGCCAGGGUUUUUCAUGGUGGCCUUAAUUUCUGUUGUUAACGCCUAUAACCUAGGACCUUGGUCACCACUGUUCUCCUCUUUCCGGGUUUUCAAGUGGACCCUCUCUUAGGAUACCCAGUACUCACACAGGUGCUUCUGCUCCCAGAGAAUUGGGGUUGACCCCGGGAAAUAUGAAGCAUACAGGCACAGCCACCACACCUUUACCCAACCUGGAUACUGAACUCUUCAUAUGCGGAGUGACUAAUGCAGAGCUAUCAUCUAAAACCUUGAACCUGUUCACCAGGCAUCCCUGGGAGGCUGUUUCCCUGUAUCCUCUGAAUGGGAUGAUCCACACCCAUAUGUUCCCCUGAAAAAAGUCCAGCACCAGGGCCCCAUAGAAAAGUCUGGAAAUAGAUUUCCAGACUACACGGUUCUUGGCUUAUCUGUUUCUUUCCUGCCCAUCCCACUCUCCCCUUAACCCCCACUUUGGAGGAAGGGAGGGAAAAUGCAAGGGCCUUCCUCUCUUAACACUGAUGUUUGACUAAAACUAGACUCACAGGUCACAGAGUCCCCAGGAAAGUUAAACCAACGGCACCAAAUGAGAUGAGUACAUUCUCAGAUUUCCGGACUGCCUAUUGAGCCUCUGGGAAUUGGCGAUGCUUUGUUAAGGUUUGGACAGAGGCAGAACUCCAUGGCUGGCAGACACUACUUGCCCUGUUACCCACCCCCCUCCAAUGCCCUUCUGAAAAGUGCCAGCUAUUUUGUCAGGCAGUACUGGGAGGAAAGGAAAUUAUAUCUCCUGAUCAGAUAUCCAUGGUCUCCUUCAGCCAUUCCUGAGACUUGGUAUAAAAUGAACAUUAGUCUUAUCUCUCCUCUGCCAGGAAGCCAGUUUCCAGCAACUUAAAAGGAAUACUUUAAGAGAUCAGACUCAGGCUAUUCCUUGUUCCCUGAAGGGGACUGUGGUAGGGUUGGUCAGGAAGGCUGUAUGGGCACCAGAAAUUUCUCCAAAGCCCCACAUCCCAAGAGUGCUUCCUGGUCUCACUUAGGUACCAAGGAACAUUUUCCCUCAUCCCAAAUGGUUUGGCAUGGAAUCCCUGUAUGAAUCAAGUGUCAGUUUAUUCCAUGUGGACCAGCCAGUUGUCAAAAGCCACACACUUACACAGAAUGUGUACAUGCAUCUGUGUGCAGAGCCUUUCAGAGAAACCCAGCAACUCUGGAGGCUGGACCCAGGGUCACCAUUUACUACAGCUGCACAAGAUCCUCUUACAUUGAUCUCUCCUUGACCUCAACUAAUUAACUAUAUCUUGAAAAUGAAGAUCCUUCAUUCUUCACUUAAUGUAACCCCCACCAUUACUCCUUAGCUCUCAAGAAAACAAGAACCAGAACAACUUGAAAAUCUGAGGCAGAGAACAGAAGGCAAAGAGCCAGCUCUGGGCUCUCGACUUUCAAUGUUAUAUGCAACUGAUUUCUUUCAACGUGUAAGAGCAAAAAGCACUGCAGAGUGUGUGUGUGUGUGUGUGCGUGUGUGUGUUCUUAUCCAUUAGCAAGUUAUCCUCCAUCUAGUUUCUUCUGCAUGGAGCUGCUUCCCUCCUGAGGGAAAUGAACUCUUCCUGCUCCCCUGCUGUCUAUUCUAAGCCUCCAGACUACUCAGAUUCUUGGAUAACAAAAUGAGAAGAGAAUGCUUUUUGACCUACCCUUUUUGAUUCUCUUCCAUGAUCCCAGACAUUGCUCUAAAUUGCACUUUAAAUCAUAGUCUCCUUUUAAUACAACCUGGCUUAUUCUCCCCUAAGCCCUGUCAGAGAACAGUGUCCCCACCCGCCAAUGGUUCUUUGGACUAUAGCUCCAUCUCCUGAGUUGAAAUCAUCUUUCAGGCUAUUGGGCAAGCUUUAGAAGCAGCCAGGUCUGGUGAGAAACAGAUCCCUAACUGCACCAACCAUGGCUUGGGAAGUUGGGAGAGCACUGGGCACAGAUCUUAAGUGGGGGGGAUUUCAGAGGAUGGGCAGAACAACCAAUGGGGGAGGAGACUCAGGUGUGAAUAUGAGAAAGGGCAGUGCUGGGGGACCUAGUGAAAUCAACAACCCUUGAGUCUUCUUGGGCCAGCAGACAAGAUGAAGGUGGAGGUUUGGGGCAUUAAGCUAUGAUAUAUAUAUGAAAGGUUUAUCUAAGAAGGAGAAACAGAGAUAAUAUAUAUACAUAGAGAGAUGUAUAUAGAUGUACAUAGGACCAAAUAUACUGAAUGUACAGAGAGAAAGUACUUAGGGAGGUUAGCAUGGGGGCAGACAUCUUACUCUGGUUUGAGGGGAGGACUCCCCAGAUUCCCAGACUUACAACCAGCGAUCCUGGUUUCAACAUGGACGUGAGAGAUGUGAUGAAGGCUUUUGGGUAUGAUGACGGGAGAGGGAGGGGUGUAAGCUGCUCUUUAGAAGCAUCCACUGAGGCUUCUGAUAAACUCUUGCGCUGCUGAUAGGACCAGGAAGAAGGGAGUUAAGAGCAACAUAAGGAGGGAGACGCUCAUCCAUGGAAAUCUCGGAGCGUCUACUACUUAGGCUAGGUGCUCCCAUUCCCAGCAUGGUCCUGUCACUGUAGCACUUAAAAAAAAACCAACAACCCUGUGUCCUCUCUUAAAGUACACUGGAAUUCCCCUUCCUCCGCAGGGGUGGGCCAACUGCAGCUCCAGCCCUUGGGGGUGAUGGCUAUUAAAUGAGAGGCUAAACACUUGGGUGUGUGGGAGGCACUCAAGGAAAGCCUCAACCCUAGAAUCUAAAUGCCAAGACUAAAGAGCUGUUGGGCCCAAGACAGUUCCAAGGGAGAGGCCCAGCUUUCUAUAUGGUUGCAAGCAGCCCAAAGAGAAUGCCCUCUAUGCUAGAGAAGUCCCAAUCCUAGCAUUUGGGUAUGGGGGAGGGCGUGGUGCUUUAGCUUUGAUACUUCUGUAUGAAAAUGAGGAGCGGGGGUACCAGCUGCCCUAGGGGAUGGGGAGAGGCUACCAAAAUCCCUACUUUGUGCUUCACUUCGUUUCCUGCCAACCCCCCCAGCCCAACCUCUGUCAGCUAGGAAGGCAUUCAGGGAUUGCUCUCUGAGGCCUGCACAGAGAACAGAAGCCAGUUAUACUACUGCUGCAAGCCAGGGACACUGCCCCUCCCAAGGCUGCUACCCUGGCCCUUUACUCUUGCUAGUUAACCUAGUUCAUUUGUAAAAUAACACAUCACCUUUGCUGUAAAGUUAGCCUGGGCUCCGGGCUUGGUCAUGGCCAAUUCUACUGCAGCACAAGUUUCUAGAGAUGGUUUUCCCAUUCACUGCAUUUAAGACUAAUGUACCUAGGAGAAAACACCUAGGAGAAAAGACAUGUGAGAUUUGGGGGCGGGGGGUAUUUUUGUCUGUUCAGAACAAGUUACUAAAUAAAAUGGCUAAACCUCU